GGUUGUCACAGCGUGUUUCCGGUAAAACCAGGCCGAGAGAGACGACAGUAAUCUAUGUAGCUAGCUAGCUACUUAAAAUAAAGAACAGUAUAGAAAGAGUUGUCGACUUUGUUGGACAACGUCUUAAAUUUGCUAAACCUUUAGAAAUAGAUAUCGACUGGUCGUCGGGAAAAGAGGCGGCUGUAACACGGCAAUGGAAGCUGAGUUUCGGGGAAUCGAUGAACCCGGGAGUUGGAACGCCAUUUACCAGGAAAUCCGUCAGCAAUCAAGUGAGCUGCCCUGCAAACUUGCUAAAUUACCUGAAAACAAAACUCGGAAUCGCUACAGAGAUGUCAGCCCAUUUGACCACAGCAGAAUCAGCCUGCAACUGGGUACGAACGACUACAUUAACGCAAGCCUAAUUUCUGUAGAAGAGGCACGGAGAAGCUACAUUCUUACUCAGGGGCCCCUUCCAAACACAUGUGGUCACUUCUGGGAGAUGGUAUGGGAGCAGAGGACCAUGGGAGUGGUGAUGCUGAACCGUGUCAUAGAGAAAGGAUCUGUGAAGUGUGCCCAGUACUGGCCGCCUAGAGAGGUGAGGGAGGCAGUUUUUGAAGACACAAAUUUCAAGCUAACGCUUGUUUCAGAAGACAUCAAAUCCUACUACACUGUCCGUCAGCUGGAGCUAGAAAAUCUGUCGACUCGGGAAACUAGAGAGAUCCUACAUUUUCACUACACCACCUGGCCUGACUUUGGGGUGCCCGAAUCUCCAGCCUCCUUCCUUAACUUCCUGUUCAAAGUGCGGGAGUCUGGGUGCCUCAACUCUGACCAGGGGCCUGUGGUGGUGCACUGCAGCGCAGGCAUCGGACGCUCGGGAACCUUCUGUCUUGUCGACACUUGCCUGUUACUGAUGUCCAUGCGCAAGGAUCCGUCAUCUGUGCACAUUCGUGACGUACUGCUGGAGAUGCGACGCUAUCGGAUGGGCCUGAUUCAAACACCCGACCAACUCAGAUUUUCCUACCUCGCUGUUAUUGAAGGUGCCAGGUGCAUCAUGGGAGACGCAUCAUUGCAGGAGUCGUGGAAAGAGCUCUCCAACGAAGAGGACGUUCCUCCAGAGUUCACACCUCCCCUGCCCCGCCCCCGUCCUCCAGGUCUAUCUGUCAACGGCACGGUUGAACCAAUCUCAUUUUUUCCUGAGGUUGUUGUUGCGCAGAAUGAUUCCCACACUCGUAGUGCCCCACCAGAGACUGAACUGCGAUGGAGGGGCAGUGGUGAAGGUGCUAUCGCCCAGUCGCAGUCUUCCACUGUAUCCAGUGAUCAACCUGAUGGCCAGGCGGGAAGCAAAGAACCAGCUCCCAAAGCUCCUACGAAACCCCACCGACUGCACGAGCCAGAAAAACAACAGGGGCUGAACCAGGACCAGGCAGCAGGAGACGAUAGCCCUGAGGCUCUAGGGGCCUGGAACCCCCUGCUGGCCAAUGUUUGCCUCUGCACUGCCCUGGCCCUGGGUGCUUAUGUCUGUUACCGGGCCUGUUUCCACUGAUCUCCUCUACCCUCCUCCCUCUCUUGCUCCUCCGUUUCUCUUGUCUGUUUUUUUUGCAGGGUGAAUUAGGCUGGCCAGCCGGCCCUCUGCCUAUGGUUUUACUCUGCUGGCUGGGCAAGUGGAUUGUUUGGACUUCAGAGAAUCGAUUGAUUCAGACUCACUCGUUUUCUUUACAAAUGCGGAGCAGGGGUGUGGGAGGAAGGGACUGCCCCUUUUUCCUCGUCACCCACCGUAGCUCUCAUAUGAACUGUCAGUUUGGACGCUCAGGGUCUCAAUUUUCAGGUAUCACAUCCCAAAUACAGGUGUUGAUUUUCAAAACAAAUGAGUAAACAAAUGUUUCUUUCUAACCGUCAGUAAAUGAAGGUGUUUGUUCCUGUGUUCUGUGAGCUGAAUGGUCUACUAGUAGUCUACCCUACCGGGACACAUGCACCUUCUAUACAGUUACCAAAUAACACGCAAAUGUGUUCUUCCGUUUCAGCCUUUGCAAAAAAAUGUCCAUUGACUAUUCACCUUUCUCUCCCAAGUAGUCCUUUCCUUUGCAGUUCUUUACAAUUGUUCUGGAGGAGUUACAGUGCUUGGUUUGUGGCAACCCUGCAGUGCCAACGUAAUGAAUUGCUGCAGAGAUGUUAGUGAAAAGAAAACAGGCGAACUUGAGAUGAUGGGGCAGUAAUAUACCCAGGAGUAAGCUGAGGCUAAGUGGUGGCCACCAUCCGAGGGAGACACUGCACUCCUCUCCUUCCACUGGAUGAGGGGUGGAUUCAGUGGGUUAUUUACAGGCCAUAGGAGAGCUCCCUACCACUUCCCUGUUUAGGGUCUUUUGGCUAAAGCUACAGGAGGCACACUGUAUGUGUGUGUGCGCAAGUGUUAAGUGUUAUCUGAGCUUUCUACUGAUGCAUGAUUCCUAUCUGCUGUCUUAGUGGGAAACAUCACAAGCUAAUAAUAAGUUAUAUUUUAAAUGUAUUCGAGAUUGUUUCCUGGUUCUUGACCCUGACCCCCACCACGUAUUAAUUUCAAACUUUACAUUUAAACAGGAGUGUCUAGUUGAUGAUGUGCUUUGAAUGGAAGUGCUGCACGCAUGUAUUGAGCUGUUCUUUUUUUUGCAUAGUUUGAGGUGUUGCGUUCACUUUUUAGCCCGUUUUUAAAAAAUGUACAAAUGUCAUAUUUUUUAUCUGUCUUUUGGCUAAAGUCUGCUAUAAAGGAGUCUCCAAUGAUUUCACAACAUUUGUUUAACCCAUUAGAUAUACAGUAUCAUUCAGGGAUGGUGACUUCUAAAGAAGUCCCCACUUUGGAUGAACAAUGCAGAGGCUUUUUCAUACUAAAGAAACAAACUGGGUGAAAUGCAUCAGGUGAGCAUUGCAUCUGAACACAGGAGGUUGCAUUAAAAUGCCAGCUCAGCAUACUGUAUGGAGAUACAGGCAGCAGCUAACCCUCCUCUCCCUUUGCUAGCAAUACAAAUACCAUCAGCCUUUUAUUUUCCCAGCCUCUGAAAGAUAAAACCCAUUCUGCCUGUCUGGACAGUGAGCCUGCGAUCUCAAACCAACUUACAAACACCAGCACAGGGAUUAAAACACUGUAAUGAUGAUCAGUUAUGGCCAGGGCAGUCAGUUUUAGUUCACUUUUUUCCACAUAGACGUCCUGCACUUGUGAAUAAACACGUUUUUCAUGAGAUUAGUUCAGCUACUAGCAUUCAGUUUACCUUAGUGACUCAAAAAUAACUACGUAUAUCCUGAAUCAAAUGGCUGUACCUUUUCUCUAGAAUGUAUGAUGUCCUACCCAUGGACAUGCCCUCUUGAUACUUAAAAAAAUUAAUUUAGAUCAGAUUUCAUUCUGCUGACUUUUUUAUGCAUUUGCAAGUAAUGAUGAACUCACAGUACCUACCUGGGCAGCUUUGUGUUUGCCCAGAUGUUCCUGUUCUUCUGUACUUAUGCUCACCAACCAUUUUUUAAAUUUUUAUUUACAUCCAUUGUAUUCCUUUUUUUUAAAUAAAAACAAAUCUACUGAUUUUUGUUCUACUUUUUG